UUAAAGGAAAUUAAUUUAAUAGAAAUGUCAUCAAAGGAAAGGAAUGAUGCGAUGAAUGAAGUUAGACUACUAUCAAUGUUAGAUCAUAAAAAUAUUAUUAGUUAUUAUGAUAGCUUUAUUUUGAAUGGUAGUCUUAAUAUUGUAAUGGAAUACGCAAAUGCAGGUGAUAUUCAUUUAGAAAUAAAAAAACGUACACUUCAAAAUAAAACUUUUUCAGAAUUUGAAAUAUUAUCGUGGUUUACCCAAAUUUGUGAAGCAAUUCAAUUCAUAUUUACAAAAAACAUAUUACAUAGAGAUUUAAAAACCCAAAAUAUAUUUUUAUCAAUUGUCGACGGAAAUUAUUAUAUUAAGAUUGGAGAUUUUGGAAUAGCGAAAAUUUUA